GAGCGAGCUGCCAUGCGGUUCUCACGUGGCGUCGUGAAACUGCCCGUCAAACAAAUCUACCUGUACCUCGUGAUUUUCUCCACCACUCUAUACGUCUGCUUGCAGAUCGCCAAUCAUCAAAACUCUAGGUCCCUCCCUCUGUGUCAAUCAACCCAUCGCGAUGAAUUUCCCGGGAGUGCGCAUAUCAGGACGCGGAAACACUCCGCGUGCACCCGGCUCGUGUACAGGAAGCCGAACGAUUGCCCGGAUUGUUUUCGACCCUACGUCCCAACCCUAAGCCGCCAGCUGAGGCAAGUGGACCCAAAGAACUGUUCUUCUAAGAAACAGCCCCAGUUCUUCCAGCACGUCCAAGAAGCACAACAGACACUGAUAACAGAUGCCGUGGUGUCGCCAACAGCCGCGUGCGGCAAAGCAUGUCCGUACCUGAUUGUCCUCGUUCCAACUUCCGCGGCUUCGACCUCCGAUCGCAAUAUCAUACGUGCCACGUGGGCGAGCGUCGCCAAAACGAGACUCUGGCCCUACGCGACGGUCAACGCCGACGUUCACGUCAUCUUCGUCACGGCGUACCCGACGUCACUCCCGACCGACGAUUUCAGUAAGGACGGCGUGCUGCCCGAGGAUUUGAACGCACGCCCUUCGUUGAUCAAUCUGAUGCCUUUGCGCAACGAGGCCGAUCAACACGGGGAUAUCCUGUUCCUGGACAUGGUGGAUUCGACCCACAAUCUUACAUUGAAGCUGUUGUCUGGUUUCCUAUGGGUCAAACUCCACUGCACUCGCACCAAGUUCGUGCUCAAGGCUGAUAUGGACACUUUUGUCAACAUCCCACUCCUCUUGGAUCUCCUCAUCGCCAACGAAGGGGGUUUGCUGUCCUCCGUUAUUGGCCACGCAUGCUUCACAUAUUUAGAGAAUCACAUGGGUAAGUCAAGCGCAGAUCCGUCGCUGCGUGGGUCGCGCGACCAUUGCGGCUCCAAGCAGUGUUUCUUUCAAACAAUGUCUUCGGAGGUGGGGUGAAAAAAAAGGAGGAGUGGGGCGUAAAGAAAAGGAAUCUUGUCCCCUGGCGCCAAACAGUAUAGCUACGCAUGUAGAAGUGGUGUAGAAAUAUCAGUGGAUAAGGUGAUCCAUACAGGUGUUAGCUUUUCAGUUAAUGGAGUAGCGGCAUAGUCAAACAACUGCAGAGUUUCUUUCGUGACAGGGAGCGCAGCAAACAUUUUCCCACCCAGGUUGGCACCAAUGUUCCCUUUUAGCUGCGUGGUUGCGCGACCGCGCAGCUAUUUCACAGACGCCGCGCAGCUGUUUUGAGUGUCCGAGCAGCAAAUUUCCAUGCAAGUGUGUGUUUGCGUUUGUGGGUGGUCAAAUUUUGCACACACAAAAAUUGAUACGGUAAAAUUUUGCACACAACCGUAUGAUUUUGCACACGAACAGGCAAACCUAAGAGGGAACAUUGGUUGGCACUAACACUAGCUACGCCACUAGGAGUGUAUCAAUCGACAUCAAUAAUUGGCGAUACUUUUUUUAUUGAGAAUAAGGGCACAACUCCUCCACAGAAUUUUUUUUUAUUAUUUAAAAAUAAAGAGGGGUUUUCUGCAGUAUAUUUAGAAUUCAGACAGCCCAGUACCAUAAAUGAACUGAAAUCAUCCCGGUAUGAUGCUCCCCAAGGUAGACAUUUGGCACAAGCCAAGGUUCAAUCCGUGUAAUGUCACAGUGAUCGGCGAAUGGGAAGGGGCCCAAAAGAAAUUGAGGGUACCCAAGACUCUCGAAAAAAAAGUUAGGGCAGGGAUCCCCUGAGAAAUAUUUGAUGCAUUCAAAAUACAGGGAUACAUUUUGGCGCAUAAUUGAUUUCGCUGGUUCUUUCAGACAUUCUGGGUUAGGGCAUUUAAGACUUUCGGGCGAGAGCGCCAAAAUUAGAAAUAAUAAUGAGCAGGGACAUUUCUAACUCCACCCCAGCCAAACGUGAACUUAAGUCAUUCCAGUAAUGGCGCCCUUGGGGGUAUCCUUUUUGCCCUAGCUUAGUCCUGCCCCUUAACUCUUUAUAGUCCCCCAGAAAACUUUGAUCACUUCAAAAUGCAAGAGUGCAUUUUAGCACAUACUCGAAUAAUUUUGCUUUGCAUCAUUCAACACUUAAUCGGAGAGACGCGUAAGAGAUUGUAGUUAAAUAGUUAGACGUCACUUGACCCCAGAGCCGCCGGUUUGGCCGUGCAACUCCUACAGCUGCUGGGAGCAUCGGGCAUUUUAGGUGGGGCUUAAAGUUGUGAUGUGCGCACCUUUUUUUAAACAAGGACUAAACAAAAAAGAGGCAUGGGGCCCCGAAAAGUAAAGCGACGGCUCUGCUUGACCUGCAAGUGUUAUGCAAUUUUUGUUUUGGUUAUAUUACUAAAUAGUAAUUUUUUUUGUUCUAAAUUUAAACUAUUUUUGGGGUAAACUGCUUAAUUAAUAAAUGAGUUUUCAAAAAAAAAAAAAAAAAAAAAUUGGUUCCAUCAUAAAAAGCUCUGCUAACACCAUCUUAUAUUUUGAAAGAUUGUUCUAAAUUUAAAAUAUUUUUGGGGUAAAAUACUUAAUUAAAAAAUGAGUUUUAAAAAAAAAAAAAAAAAAAAAAUUGGUUCCAUCAUAAAAAGCUCUGCUAACACCAUCUUAUAUUUUGAAAGCAAAAGAAAAGUAAACAAGUUUUUCUGAAGUCAAAGUGAAAAUAAUAAUGUUUUAUAGAAAGAUCCAUAUAUUUUUAUGGUUUUUUUUAUACUGGUAUAUGAAUAGCAUAAGUAUAUUAAUAAUAUUUGAGAUGUUCACAAAAGACGUCAUAUAUUUAUUAAUGUGUGAUUUUAUUUGAGGGAAAUCGUAAACAAAUUUAAUAUAUAUUUCUCAAUAUUCCAUCCAUUCCUGUGGCGCUACAGCCCAUGUAGCCCUCACCACUUCCUUCCACUCCGACCUAACUAAUGCCUUUCUUUUUCCAUGCUUGGACUUUCAGCUGUUGUAGAUCUUUUUCCACAUCAUCCAUCUAUCUAAGCCUAGGUCUGCCUUUGAGCCUUUUCCCUCUGGGGUAUUGGUGAUGCACCCUCUUCGUUCCUCUGUCAUUUGGCAUUCUCUCUAAGUGUCCUUCCCAGCGUAGCCUGCCUCUUUUUAUUUCUGCUACUAUCGUAGGAUCCUGAUAUAGACUGUACAAUUCAUGGUUGUUUCGUAUUUUCCAUCCAUAUUCAUCCUUUCUUGGUCCAUAUUUUCCAUCCAUAUUCAUCCUUUCUUGGUCCAUAUAUUUGCCUGAGAACUUACCUCUCCCAUGUGUUUAAUAGGUUUUCUGCUGUUUUUGUUAGGUUCCAAGUUUCACUUGCAUAUGUUACAAUUGGUCUGAUUACAGUUUUAUGAAUAGUUUUCUUUGUUUCUCUUGAAAAUGUUUUUACUUUUGAGUAUUUUCUGACUACUGAAGAAUGCCCUGUUUCCGGCUGAUAUUCUUUAUUUUAUUUCUGUUAGUAAUUCGUUUCUUUCAUUUAAUAAAGAUCCUAGGUAUUUGAAUUGAUUUACUUUUUCAAAAGUCUGGUUUCUAAUUUUAAUUGCUUCAUCUGUUUGUUCCUCUCUUAUCAUUGUCAUGUAUUUUGUUUUUUGUUUGUUAGCUUCCAGCCCUGCUGGUAGUGAUGCGUCUUUAAUACUUUUUGAUAUGUCCUUAAUACUUUUCUCUAGCAGUGCUAUGUCAUCAGCAUAUGCCAGAUACUGAAGUGGUUGGUUGUAGAGUGUGCCCGUUGGUUGUGGGUUUUGAGUUUCCCUCAUAAAGUUUCCUUUUAUCGUUCUUCGAUUGUCAAUGUGUAUGUUUCUCAUAACUCUUUCUCUCUCUCUAAUGUAGGUUAAAAAGCAAACAAGACAGUGAGUCUCCCUGUCUUAUGCCCCGUCUAAUCUGAAAUUCCCUUUAAUAUUCUCCUUAAAUCUUGAUUUUGCUUUUUGCGUUGUUUUGUGUUACAUGUAUUAGUCUUGUCAGUUUGUUGGGUAUCCCAAAAUCCUGCAGAGUCUCAUAUAGAUAUUUUCUUCUGAUGCUGUCAUGGGCCAUUUUAUAGUCCACAUAGAGUUGAUGUACUGGUAUAUUAAAUUCAUAGGAUUUCUCUAAUAGGCAUCUGAUGGUGCAAAUCUGAUCAGUCGUUUAUCUGUUAGACCUGAAUCCCCAUUGGUAAUCACCUAGUAUUUCUUCAGUGUAAGGGUGUAGUCUUUUUGCAAUAAGCUUCGUCAGUAUUUUGUAUGUAACAUUUAAUAGAGAGAUUCCUCUGUAGUUUGUGCACUGAAGUUUGGAGCAUUUCUUGUGUAUUGGGGUUAUUAAUGCUGUUUCCCAUUCUGUUGGGAUUUUCUCUUCUUGCCAAAUUUUAGUUAUAAGUUUAUGUAGCUGACUGUGUAAUUGUGUAAUUCUUUUCCUCCAUAUUUAAUCAGUUCUGCUGUGAUAUGGUCUUGUCCGGGAUCUUUGUGAUUUUUCAUGUAAUUAAUUACAUCUUUGGUUUCUUCGAGGGUUUGGAAUUGUAUAAAAGGGUCUGGUCCUCCCUGUGGGGGUUGGUAAUCUUCUUCUUGUCUAUUGUCUGCAUUCAGUAUGUCCUCAAAAUAUUCAGCCCACCUCUCCAGUACUUUACCCAAUGCUCCAGUACUUUUCCCCCAAUAUUCAGUUGAUUGACAUGUUCAGUUGGAAUUUCAAAAAGAUAUAACUUUCUUCAAAUAAAUUAUAUAUUGCCUCUUCGAUAUACUUAAACACAUUUUUUUUUUAAAUCCACAAAAUUUACUUUUAAUUUUAAUUGAAAAUUAGGAAAGAGUUUUUUUUCUAAAACUAGUAGCCAAGAUUUAAAAAAAAAAAAAGUUAAAUGAAUUGGGAUGAUCAUCGAAAUUCUAAUUCCCAUGAAAGAGAUGGUUUUCUUUAAGCUUUCUACAGGAUUCGCAUCGAAAAGUAAGUUAAAGCUUGAAAAUACCUGAAAAUAGCUUGGGAGGGUGGUUUAUUAUUUUGAUAUUAGAAAGAGAAAGGCAGUCGGCAAUUUAAUAAACUAAAGUUAAACAUUUAAAAAAAUCCUCAUUUAGGAAACAAUGUUACAAGUGUGGUGCAUCGAAAGAAAAUUUGAACGCGUUCGCUUUAGUAAUAAUUGGUGAGACGUGCACUAUUUAAAAUAAUCUGGAAAUGUUUCAUCCGGUCUCCGUCAGCCGUGUUUUCAGGCACCGAUCUAUGGCUCUAUCAUUUCAACCAAUGCAUUCACAUGUUGUGGAUUAUCUCUAACAGAAUGACAUUUUUUAAAUUCCACAGGCUCGGCUUACGUCAUAUCCUCAGAUGUUUUGACCUCAAUGCUAAGUGUUUCCAAACAAGUCAAGAGGGUGUACACUGACGAUCAGUACAGUGACCCGAUUACAGCAGACUCCUACAUCACAGGAUAUCUGCAGACAAUAAUCGGCUAUACCGUCUUGGUCCUCGAGGACUUCUUCGCGUCAGCCGACGAUAAAGUCACGGCCAUCUGUGACGUCAUCGAAGACCGGAAGAUCUUAGGGAAAGUUACCUCCGUCCCUGACAUGUACAGAAUAUGGUGGGGAUUUUUCCGGUUUUACGCCAAAUGUGGGAAUGAAGACGCCCCUGAGAAGGUCAAAUAACCCUGUAGCAAACCUGGGACUGAGUUUUUUUUUUUGGAUAACGACAAUGGUUCUUGAUUCUUCUUCAAUGAUUGACAAGCGUCAUUUGUUGGGUGAUUGACCUAAAUCCGCUACAGUUACAUUUACAACUGCAUAUUUAGAGCACAUUGGACUAACGCAGUCAAAUAAAAUGAUUUUUAAGAUCUACCUACCAGAUUUGUCAAAAUGCAUAGACCAGGUAGAUUAAUUUCCGAUGCCGCAGUUUAAUUAUUUUUCACUUAUGGUGAGAAUUUUU